CAACGCGUCGUUCCAGGUGCGCGGGGCCCGUGCGUUGCUGUGCGCGGAGGUUCGCACGGAACAUGGACAGUUCAGGCACGGCGAGGUGGAUCUCACCAACUGUGUCUUCAACCGCGAUGGCAAGCUUGCGUUCGAGCUCGACCUGAGUGGCUCAAAGCCAUUCAAGCUUAUGUAGGAGUACGUGGCAUCGCAUGUGGGCGUGCAUAGUUCGGAAUCAAAAUAUCUACGCAUGACAUGGUCCCGGUGGAAGAUCUUCCGAGUGGCACAUCGUGUAAUAGUAUGUCCCGCCUGGGCAGCUCAACGGCUCUACGUCGUCGACGCCGAAGUCGCAUCCACCGCGAUGCAGUCGUCCGCCCUCCAUCAAUGUCCAAUGUUAGUAUGCAGCGAGGUGUGCGUGUCCGUUGUGAUGGCACGAUACCGGCGAUCGUCACAGCCUCUAGGCCCAAGCUCAGGCUCACCCUCGAGAAUACAUCCAAGUUCACUUCCACGGUCGAGGGUGCUUACGCGCCGGAUGUCCUUUCAUGCAGAGCCGCGUGGUUGCUCUCACGCAUGUCGAGACGUAGCUGAAAGACACCUCGUAUCUGAGUCAACAACGGGUCAGUCCGCCUUGUACAGGCCUCAAGGCCUUACGACCCUUCGAGUGUACACUCCGGCUCAGCACACUCCGUGGAACCAAUAAUAGCACUCACACAUAAGAAUAGACCGGCGAC